AUGACAGACGGCGAAACACCAUCAGGCUCAGCGUCAGCCCCAGCGACGACCACAGAUGCCUCAGCAGAAGCUCAAACUCCUACUCAGGGCGAGCAAUCUGCCACUACCCACGUUAACGGCCAGUCAAAUACCUCUCCGGAAGGAUCGCAACACCCAUCAGCUGUAGAUAACAGCUUGAACCAGCCUCCCGCGACCUCAAACCCUCCGCCACAGCCGUCCGUACCGCAGACAGAAGCCCCGGAUCCCGUAUAUCAGCUGGCGGCCGCAAGCUCGGCGCUGGAUGCCUCUCAGUCAGGAGCUGUUGACCAUGCUGUACAGCUUCAAGCCCUACAGCAAUUCAACAAUGACCAGGGGCCUUUCGAUUCCAAUGCUAACUCAGCCCCUCAUGGCGCACCAGCUUCCGUUCCUCCAACAGCCCCAACUCCAGCAGCCCCAGCUCCCGUAACCCAUAUCACUCAGUAUUACGGCGAAAUCCCAGCCGGAGGCUUCUCAGAUGGUUUCGAACUGGUAACAGACGAGAGCGCUGCGAAUCGCAUGAAGAGAGAUGUCAAGCGAAGGACAAAAACAGGCUGCCUUACGUGCAGGAAGCGCCGAAUAAAGGUAAGAAUCUGCUAUCCCAUGUUAGCCAAAGCAAUUGUCGCAUGA